CAGAGAAAGCCAGCAUGCCGCCUCGCAGAAAAGCCGGGUCGAGCGACCACCUCGAUGGCGGCGGCCCAGAGUCGUCGCCAGAUCCGCUCGCCGCCUCCCUCAACGAAAACACAGCGCAUGCACGACGCAGGGCACCGCGUGCGGCCAAGCAGCCUCUUGUCUCGAGCCCGCCGAGCAGGCAGAACCGCAGGUCGAGCAUUACGCAGACGGCCGAAUUCGACUCGCCCUCGAAAUCGAUGGUGUUGAACACCGGCCGGCCCGGCGGUGUGAGUCCCUGGCGCAUCCGAGUGACGGUGGAGGCAGCGCCGGGCAGCGACGAGGAGAACAUGGAGUCGCCGACGGUGAAGCGCGUCACGCGGACGAAGACCACCACGGUGCCAUUGAAGGACGCCGACGCGCCGUCGCCCGUCAAACGCCGCGGACGACCGAGGAAGUCAGAUGCGGCCGGCGCAAAACCCAGGCGAAGUGGCACCCCAGUCCGAGCCAGAGCGAAAGCGAGCGCGCGAAGUUCCAGCGUGGGAGCUGAUGCGAGCGCUGCGGACGUGGAUACCGACACAGCGCCCAAGAAGCGGAGAGGACGUCCGCGAAAGCACUUUCGGGCACCAACAGAAGAAGGGGACACGAUAACCGUCGGGGUGCAGCACACGCAAGAUGCUCUCAGUGCUGGUUCCGCUUCAGUAGCAACAGAAGAGCCCGAGGCAGCCCUAGACGAGGCCGAGGGUGCCAAUAUUCAAGACGACAUUGCCACACCAGAACCGGAAACGCAGACGACCGUCCCCGUUAUCGAGACUACCUUGGCCAUUCCCCAAGAUCCGCGAGUAAAGGCAGCCGAAGACCCGCUUCUCGACGGAACCUCACUCAUGCCACCGAUCGACAAGAGGCCGGACACUCUGAGAGAAAUUGAAAUGCCCAUUACCUUCACUCCGCCACAGACCGAACUUUCGAAAAGGAUUCGCGCACGUAAAGGCACUCCCGCCGCGAAAGGAAAGCCCUUGGCUGAAAUAUCUUCCGAUGAGGAGUCAGACGAAGAAAGCGGGAUGCGCACGCCGUCUGCAACCGACGAGGAGGCUCAGCGGGAAGAAUUUGAGCCUGUUCAAAUGCCAGAGAUGGAGGACGACGAUGAUGAGGAUCAGCUGCAGGAUGUGACCAACUUUGCCUUCGAUGAGGGCGCAACUCGGAUGCCUGAUGAUACAACCAUCCUUGAGAGCGAGAACUUUAGCAUGGUGUCGGUCGACUCGCUCCCUAGCAGCGGCGGCUUGACGAGUCCACCAAAUGCGUAUCAAGCCAACACACCAACAGUACAAAACACGGGAUCAACACUAGAGAACCGACACCUCAGAAUCCCGCCCUCCGACAGACGCCAAAUGCGAAGCAGCCCUCGCGCUAUCGCAAAAUCAUCCCCUGGACCGUCGCGUAAAGUGCCGCUCGCCGCUCAGUUCAAAUCCUCCCCACCAGUCGCUCCUCCAAGACAUAAAACACCAACAAUCGACCCAGAGCCGCCCUCGAACCCACCGCCCAUCCAACCGACACACUUGCCAUCCAAAACUGAGACUCCAAAACUCGGACGGGUGGUCAAAGCAGGAGUUGCACUCCAGGGCGUUGUUGACCCGAAUCGCGCUACGCCAGAAACGGCACCCUCACAAAGGGCUAGGGUUGAACAACGUGACCGGCUUGACGACCUCUUCCGAGGCUUCAGCGAGCGCACGCGGAGAGAGCUACAGGCGGGAUUGCGACUUGGGGAACAGCUGGCACAGCAGAAUCAGACAAGCAACCAGUCCUCACCUUCUCUAUCUAGCCCCAUUAAGGCCAAAGGACCACCUGCCCCGACGGAUGACAUCUUUGCGCCCCAGCGGAAACAUCGCAACUCACGACUGCUCAGUCCAGAGGAUGAGUACGCCAUUCCGUCCCCUCCGCCAGCUGCUCAGCCAGCUGACGUCCAGUAUCCAUCACUGAAUAUCGCCGAUCAAGAGUCGCACCUCAUCAGUCCCGCUAGGAGCGAAGACGAGAUGAGCUGGAAGGUUGAUACGCCUCCGACACGAGCGAGCGGUGCUGCCGGACGACGAAACAUGACUGCGGUCAACGAGCGGGGCGAAGUCAUACGUGGAAGGGAGAUAUCCGUGAUCGCGGAUGAAGAUGGGCCGGGCCAGAAGGAGGAGUACGCCGAUAUAUGGCAAGAAGAGGCUAGCCGGUCGUCAGACUUGCCUGAAGCCGAUAGUGCCUCGCCAGAGAAGAGUCCUCAACUUCAGGAUUUGUUUGCUCAAGACGGACCGAUCAAGCCAGCUCGGGGCAAGCUGCCUCGGACGUGGCGACGCAAGAGCUCCAGUGAUUUCCAAUACAGUGACGAAGCUGAAGAGCCUCAAGAGCCAACGCCGCCGUCGACAGAGUCAGACGAACCCUCCCGAGAGAAAGUGGACAAGGCCAAGGGCAGGAUGGUUGAGUCUGCCAUACCCGAGGAAGAAGACAAAGAAUAUGACGACAUGAGCGAGGCAUCUGAUGAUACUGGAAUGUUCUUUCAUUCCAAUUUGCCAAGUUUGUUUAAUAAGAAGCGAUCAGCUGAGCUGAGGAGGAAGAAGACCGAGAAGUUGGACCUCUCGCUGCUGAUGAACGAAGGCGAGAGCCUCCUUCCAGAAUCAUCUCCUCCCGUACCUGCCUCAAAGAUUCCCGCCACUAACAAGCCGAAUCCCUUCUUGAAUACGCCGCCACGUUUCCCAACAUUGCGAUCCUCACCCGCAAAGAGCAGUCCUCUGCGACAAGAGAUCCGGGCCUCAGACACCUCUUCGGAGUCGAUCCAGCAACGCGCAGACGAAUCGACGCUUCCACUUACGCCGAGCUCUCCUUUCCACACCCAAGUCGACGGUGAUACAGUUCUUUCUACAGCGUCAGACCAGCGGCAGCUGCUGGAGGAAAUGAGGGCUCCCACGGACUCCAGCUUCCGGCGUAUUCGGAACGAGGCGGACGACUACCUUGACGCCUAUGAGCCACAAGAGCGCACGCUGCACGAAAUCGAAGAGGUGACCGAACCGAGCAGGAGCUGGAACAAGGCAACCACCAUGAUGCCGUCAAGCCCGCCAGCAAUCAAGCAGACGUUCGAGGAGAGUAUGCUGAAGCCGAAGCGCACAUACGCUCCGCUUUUCGGCAGCGAAACCACGUUUACUGAAUCCCCUCGAUCUGCACCACUGAAGGCGGCGAAGGCACCGUUGUCCGCUCUGAAGCCUCCCGCAAGGCCUGUCAUUGCCGUUGCGCCACCCACCGAAGAGCCUGCUCCACCCUCCUCAGGCAUCUUCAGCCGUCUCACCUCGACUCUGUGGAGCGCUUUGGGGAAUGCUCCGCCACCCACCCACCCCAUCCUCGCGAAAUUCGACCCUAUUCCCAAAGUCGAGCCCUGGACCAAAACACACUACAAGACUCUCGACGCGCUCUUCCAGCUCCACAAAAACAAGCCAUCCCUAUUCAGUCCCAGCUCCUCAUCUAGCACAAGCAACACUAACAACGCCCUUCUGUCGAACUUCCUGCGCACAUCCAAGCGCCCCUACGUCGGCGCGCGCUACUCCGUCUGGGGCUACAGCGUCACUCUGGAUGAGGCGCUCGUCGUGCUUUGCGCGGUAUACAUGCAGUUGCUUACGCUGAAGGAUGUGUUUGAGUAUGAGGAGAGGACAGGGAAGAAUAUCCAAAUGGGUGAUUGUGGGCCGGGGGUUAGCGGUGAGAUGAUUACAGAGGAGGAGGUGGUGCGGAGGCUGGCGAGUGUGGUCAUGGGUGAGGAUCUGAGGAGGGAUGAGAAGAGAGGGAAGGUGAUUGUGAGGCGGGGUGGGAUGAGUGUUGAAUGGCCGGAGUAAGUGGCCGUCAUUGUUUGAUAAUGGCUGGGUGCUGGAGUCCGGGUUUGCUAUGUCGGUGUUGAUAUUUUUGGAGUUUUGGCCCCGGAUACAGGUGUAUGAUUAUGAUACCUCAUUGUCUUAUCUCGGUAGUCUAGCUUUGCUUCCAUC